AAAAGCAAUUUUAAUUUUUUGUUUUGCGAAAUCUCUGUUACAUAAAGGGAAUGACACACGGCAUGAGAAAAGGAUAAAACAGUUGCAUUUUAAAACUUCCUUCUACUUAUAUACUACAAUAAGCUAAUUCUUCAUAUUUGAACUAAUAUACCAAAUCUAAACUUCAAUUGGUUAAGUUCAAGCUUAUGAUCAUGAAAAGUUUUCUACCAAAUUACUUUUCAUUCUUAAACCUCUCUUCCAUAUCCAAAUGUUCCAUCUCUGUGACACAAUCAAUUGCAGUGAUAUCAUUGAUUCUCAUAUUACUUUACAUUUGUUUCAGAUCCACUAGUGUCUACCUUAUUGACUAUGUUUGUUAUUUACCUCCUGACAAUUUGAGACUCCCUCACUCCCAUUUCAUAGAACACUUAGAUUUGUACAACUUUGACAAAGAAAUCAUAGACUUUCAUAUCAAAGUAUUGGAGAAAUCUGGUAUUGGAGAUGAGGCUUGCAUGCCAGAAUCCGUUCAUCAGCUCCCUCCCUAUACUUCUUUAAAGAACACACAAGCAGAAACUGAAAUGGUCCUUUUCACAAUUGUCGAUGAUCUUCUUUCCAAACACAAUAUACAUCCCAAGAGCAUUGACAUCCUUGUGUCAAAUUGUAGUAUUUUCUCUCCCACACCAUGCAUUACCUCAACCAUCAUUAACAAGUUUGGAUUUCGAAGUAACGUAAAGAGUUUCAGCCUAAGUGGAAUGGGUUGCAGUGCUGGGUUGUUAUCAGUAAGCUUGGCCAAAGAUCUUCUAAGAGUUCACAAAAAUUCCUUGGCUUUAGUUCUAAGCAUGGAGGCUGUAGCUCCCAAUGGCUAUGUUGGAAAUAAAAAAUCCAUGAUUAUCGCGAAUGUGUUGUUUCGAAUGGGAGGAGCGGCCAUUUUACUAUCCAACAAAAAUCAGGACAAGGGAAUCGCCAAGUACAAGCUUCAACAUCUUGUGAGAACACACUUGGGAUCAAAUGACAAAGCAUAUCAGUCUGUGUAUCAGGAACCCGAUGAAAAUGGUAUUGUAGGCGUUUCGCUUUCACGAUCACUAUUAAGUGUAGCUGCUUCAGCUUUGAGGAUCAAUAUAAUAACCUUAGGCCCUCUUGUCUUGCCAUAUUCCGAGCAACUGCAAUAUGUGUGGUCGAUGAUUCACAGGAAAAUUUGGGCAGUGGAGAAUAAGGAAAUGUAUGUGCCAAAUUUCAAGAAGGCUUUUGAGCAUUUCUGUAUACAUGCAGGUGGUAAGGCAGUAAUAGAUGGCAUAGUGGAAAAUCUGAAGCUGCAUAGGGAAGAUGGGGAGGCUUCAAGGAUGACAUUAUAUAGAUUUGGCAAUACCUCAUCUUCUUCUCUGUGGUAUGAACUAAGCUAUUUGGAGGCAAAAGGGAGAGUAAAGAAAGGACAUAAGGUUUGGCAAAUUGGCUUUGGAAGUGGUUUCAAGUGUAACAGUGCUGUCUGGAAGUGCCUUUCUGAUAUUGAUCCAAAUGUAAGGAGUGCAUGGUCAGAUAGAAUCCAUUUGUAUCCAGUUGAGAUACCUGUGUUUGAUUGUUGAAGUUAUUGUAGAUUCAAGAAGUAUUAGCAGGGGUCCAACAAAGAUGAUAAUUAGGUCCUUUAUGAUUUAUUACUUUUCUUAUUCAUACAUUCUUGUCUUACCAACACAAUCAGCAUUUGCUAUAAGUUACUUUUUCUGUCUACAAUAAUAAACAGCAGGCAUUGCAAAAAAAAAAUUAUGCAUUUAUGUCUGUUAUACUAAAUACCACAAGCCAUCUUUUUGUUAUUUUGUUGGGGAGAUAAAUAGUUCUAUAUUUGUAAACAUAAAGAUUAAUACAAUAUGAUAGACAAAAUUAAGUUGUUGGAGAAUGAAAAACAAGUAUUAAACCAAUAUCUUUUUUUUAGAACGUAUUUGGAGGGAAACAGGAGCAUUGUGGUAAAUACUAAAUAGAACCAUACA